UAUAAAAUUAAAUAAUGUAAAUAAUUAAAAUGUACAGUUAAAUCAUUAGUAAAUAAUUAGGUAAAGCUAGGUGCUAUUUAGAAUGUAAAAAACAAUUUUAUCUACAAUUCUUAUCAUUUCGAAUAAUUAUUUUAAAAUUCAUUAUAUGGAAGUAUAGAAUAAAAUUAAUUAUGGUGCGUAUAAUCCUAUAGUUAUAUUUUUUUUAUUAAUAUUAUGAAGUAUUAAUCUAUUUGUUUAUAGAUGCAUAUGUGGUUUUGGUUUGGAAACAAUUUAGACAAUUUUUUUUUACCAGGAUACAAUAUUACUACAAUUUUCAGUUUUUUUUGUACUUGUUUAGGUUUAUUUGCAAUUGCAAUAUUAUAUGAGGGUAUGAAAAUUUUACAAAUCAAGUUACAACAAAAUACAGUAAGCCUUUUACAGAAACAAAGCUCAAUAUCAGAGAAUUCUUGUUUGUUAUCUAAAAUAUCCUCAAAUAACAUUAGAACAAAAAUUUCUUUACAUUGUAUACAAUGGUGUAUAUGGAGUUUCCAAAUAUUUCAUUGGUUUGUACAUACAUUUCUUGGUUAUCUUUUAAUGUUAGCUGUUAUGACAUAUAAUGUAUAUAUCACUAUUACUAUUGUGCUGGGAGCGUGCCUUGGAUAUUGGAUAUUUGGUCCACAACUUAUAGAACUUAACAUGAAACGAUUUUAUAAAAGACAAAUAUUACUAGACUGUGAUAAAGAAUGUGCAGAUAACAUAAUACAUAAUCAGAGACAUGAAUCAACAGUUUCUGUUGUCGCAGACCAAUUAAUAACAGAAGCUACUGUUGAAGUUCAUAUGCCAAGAGAUGCUUAAAUCAUCAAAUGUUUAUAUUAUUAAAAAUAGUUAAUAUAUAAUAUUAUAUUAUAUUGUUUGUUAAUAAGUAAAGUAUUAUUUUAUUUAAAUAUUUUAUACAAUAAUAUUUUGUAAUAUUUUAUAUAUUUUAUACUUAAAUUAAUUAUUUGUUAUGUAUAAUUUAUAGUAAAUUAAUAUAUUAAAAAAAAUAUUUUAAUAUAUUUAUAUUUUUUUAAUCAAAAAUACUUGAAAUUCAUUUUUUAUAUAUAAGUUUUUGAUCCAAAAGUAUAUAUUUUUCCUUA